AUGGGAAUAAUCAUAGUAUUAAUCUAAUUCAUCGUAACUGCCUUAAGCUAAACUAACGAUUCAAUCGAUUGCAAUAAAUAUUUCUAUAAAUUUGGAACGACAAAGUCACCUCUUGAGUUUAGUGGAGAUGUGGUGUAUAUUUAGGAAUCUCGGGAUAUCUAAAUUAAUGUGAAAUAUACUGAUGUUCUAUUUGAAGAUCCAAUUUAUUUUGGUUUAAUUUAAGAAGAUGGAAAGACUCCAGAAACAACGUGUCUUAAUCUUCAAGUGUAUCAUUUGCCUAACACUUAAGACUAAUUACCUUAAUUACUCACAAAUUUAUCGAUUUUUGUAUCAAAUAAUACAAAUUUUUAAUGGAGAUAUUAUUCGUUCAAAAUCCCAAUAUCAAAGUUAAAUAAACAUGACAUCUCUACCUAAAAUACAAGCAUUCAAACAUAUGAUGGAUCUUAUUCAAUAAAUUUUGAAUCAACUUUGAAAAGAUCUUUUAAAUAUUAGUUUAUCUUUAAUUUCACUAUCAACGUCAAUAAUAAUUCUUAACUACUAAACGAUACCAAAUUUUCAUCUUAAAUUAUAUUUGAUUAAUCACCUAUAAUUGUUCCUGGAUCUAAACUAUUAUGGUGUAGUAACUUCACUUGCUAAUCUUAUUUGAAUGAGCCUCCACUUUUAUAUCUCAAUACUAUAUUUUUUUUAUAAUAGGUAAUUGUAGAUUGUGAAUUUAAAAAUGAAAAAUUAGAAAAUAUUGAGGUUUACUAUACAAUUGAUUAAAUUCAAACAAAGGCAAAAACUAUGAGAUAUAAUAAUACAACUCCAGGUUAAGUUAUAAUUAUUUUGAAAGUGCCAUUUGCUUGGAAAAAGGUUAGUAUCAAGGUUAUUUCUACUUUAUCAAGAAAACCUCCUAGUUAUACUUUUGAAAACAAUGUUGAAAUUACUUUCAGAGCUUUUUCGUCUACUUCGUCUACUUCGUCUACUACUUCUACAAACUCUUUUCCAUAACCUUAUGACCCUAUUAAAAUUGAGACUUAGUUAAGAUUGUGCUCUGAUCUUACGUGUUAAAAACUUUUGGAGACAACCCCAAAUUUGCACUUUAAUGAUUUUGUUAAUAUUUAAUAAGUUAUUAAAAGCCCAACUUAUUUAGGCUUCGGUUUGACUAAUACUCAGGUAUGGUUUAUUGGAGAAGGCUUAAAUGUAGAGGUAACUCCAAUUUAAAUUAUAAAUUCUACUGAAGGAUAAGUUAAUAUGCUAUUGAAAGUAAAUAUAGUUUGGAAAGCAGUUUCGAUUAAAGUUAAGUCAUAGAUUUCGACUACAGGUUCAGGCCCAGAUUUCUACACAUAUCCAUUAUCAACCAACUCAAGCUAACUCCCAGAACCAGCUGAAAACGAUUUUUCUCUUGGAUGUAUAAGACCUUAAGGAACGGAGAUGUGCGCAAGUUGUGAAGAAGAAUGCAAUAUAAACGGAUUUUCUUCUACUUCAUGCGGAGAAUGCCAUAGACAUAUAUGUUACGGAUUCUUAAUAUUUUUAAACAUGAUAUUAUUGUUUGCUACAACUAUUUGA